AUGUCUCUUCAUUUAUAUGAUAAUAACUUCCAAGGCUUCUUUCCAACGUCAAUUUUUCAGCAAGUCAAUCUUUCUGAUUUGAAUCUUUUCUCAAAUAAUAUGAGUGGUGUCGUGCAAUUAGACCAAUUUUUAAAACUGAAAAAGCUCAAAUAUCUUAAUCUUUCUAAUAAUAGUUUUUCAUUUGUAUCUAAUAAUUAUAAUAAUGAUACUUUUCCCAAUACUCUUUCUUUCUUGUAUUUGUCUUCAUGUGGUAUAAGUGAGUUCCCCUACUUCCUAAGAAGCUUGCAAAAUUUAGAAUUCUUGGAUCUCUCCAACAAUCAAAUUGAAGGCAGUGUUCCCCAAUGGUUAUGGAAUGUGGGUAAGGAUUCAUUGGAUUACCUAGAUAUUUCUCACAACUCUUUGACACAAAUAGAUCAGAUUCCAUGGAAGACUCUACGAUACAUUAAUCUCGCCUUCAACCGACUUCAAGGUCAUCUUCCAAUCCUACCACCUACUACAAAUUUUAUUUCAAUCUCAAACAAUUCAUUUGUUGGGGAAAUAUCACCAUCCAUUUGCAAUAUCACUUUGCUCCAACUCCUUGAUUUGUCCAAUAACAAAUUGAGUGGGAACAUUCCUCCAUGCCUAGGAAAUUCAAGCCAUCUCCAAGUGCUAGAUUUGACGAAGAAUAAGUUUGAUGGAAUCAUUCCUCCAGCUUUUGCCAAGGAAAACAGGCUAAGGGUUUUGAAUGUUAAUGAAAAUCAAUUGGAAGGAUCAUUGCCAAAAUCAUUGGUCAACUGUAAGGAGUUGGAACUUUUAGAUAUUGGAAACAACAACAUAAAUGGAUCAUUUCCCAGGUGGUUGGAAUCUCUUCCAAAGCUUCAAGUUCUUAUCUUGAGAUCUAAUAGAUUUCAAGGUCCAAUAGGCAAUCCCAAGGUCAGACAUCCCUUUCAAAAUUUGAGAAUCGUGGAUUUUAGUGGCAAUCAAUUCACUGGCCAUUUGCCACAUAAAUAUUUUAAUAAUUUUGUGGGAAUGAUGGAUGCUUAUUCUGAUGGGUUGAACUACAUGGAGGCAUUUCACAAUUUGAUGAGCUAUUAUGAUAUCAGUUCAUUGACAAUAAAAGGAAAUUAUGUUGAGUUACCAAAAAUCCAAUCUAUGAUUAUAACCAUUGACUUCUCAAGAAACAACUUCACAGGAGAGAUUCCAAAGGUGAUUGGUAAGCUCAACUCACUCAAAGGCCUCAAUUUUUCUCAUAACAAGCUUGUUGGUAAUAUCCCUUCAUCAUUGGGAAAUUUGAGCAAUCUGGAAGGGUUAGAUCUCUCCUCCAACGAGCUUGAUGGAAUGAUUCCAACACAAUUGGCUACAAAUCUGAAUCAACUCGGAUUUUUAAAUCUUUCGGUGAACAAAUUGGAGGGACCAAUUCCUCAUGGCCCACAAUUCGAUACAUUCAAAGAAGAUUCAUAUAGUGGGAAUUCGGGCUUAUGUGGAUUUCCACUUAAAUCAUGCAACGAGGACAAAACAUCAUCACCAACCUCUCAACAAGAAGAGGAGGAGGACCAUGCGAGAUUAUUUGAUUGGAAAAUUGUGUUGAUGGGAUAUGCAAGUGGAAUGGUUAUUGGAAUUUCAUUGGGAUACAUACUCCUUUCCGAUAAAAUCAUUGAUGGUUUGGUCGAAACUGUGAACGGAGAACAAUGGCAUCAUUUGGUGAAAAGAUCAAAGCGGAAUGCUCGUCAAAAUCGUAGAAUUGGAAGAAGACAUUAGUUUACAUAUUUUUGUAUUUUGUUGAAAUGUCUGUAAUAACUUUUGUGUGUAUUCUUAAUUAAUAAAGGGAUAAUUGCGGCAAAAGUCCCCAAAAAUUUAGAGUUGAUGCAGAUUAAUCCUCAACCUCAAAAAUUGGCGGUAAUAGUCCUCAAGGUGAGAUUUUUUGUUA